AUCUCAUCGCCAUUUGCAGUGUGUUUUCCACGGUAGCUGGUGUUGGAACGUGUUCUUGCAACUAAAGACAUGGCUGACACGGCAGGACCGUCAAAGAAUGGCGUUAGGAAAGCGCCCGCCACACACCCGUCGUGGUAUGAGAUGGUCAUUGAAGCAGUUAGCAGCAACAAGGACUCAAAAGGUGCUUCCGUUCAGGCGAUUAAGACUUACAUCGUUGCAACGUAUCCAACCGUUGACCAGAAUUCGAUGCGACACCACAUUAAACGUGCGCUGGAGAAGGGAAUCAGACUUAAAAUAUUAAAGCGACCGAAGGCUUCUGAAGAUGCCACAGGGUUGACAGGCAGGUUUAAAUUAGACAAGGUCACAGUUGCGGCGGAAGCCAAAGCGAAAGCUAAGAAACUGAAGAAAGCGGAGGAAAAGAAGGAAAACUCUGUGAAAAGGAAGAAAACAUCGCCAGUGAAGCGCAAAACAAAAACUGAAAAGUCAGAGAAAACUGAGAAAUCAAAGAAAGCUGGUGCAAAAGCGAAGACAAGUGCCAAGUCGCCGAAGAAGGUCAAGAAAAGUGUAGAAACGACACCGAAGAUCUCCAGGACGAAAAAGGCUGAAAUGAAGACUCCGAAGAAACUGAAAUCGGCCACCGCUAAGUCCAAGGUAACAGCUUCUGAGAAAACAAAGGCAAAACCCGCCAGUAAGAAAGGCACACCCAAGAAGAGCAAGGCCAAGACAAAAUCCUAGAGCCAGACAGUUUUAUAUGUGAACUUUUUAAAUUGCAGGAUGUAAUUGUUUUAAAAUAAAAGUUUUAAAAUCA